GCCCAAACGAGUGGACAACGGCAGGCCACGUCGACACCUAUGGUUACUAGGGUAUAAAUGCUAGCUAGAGGCUAGGCGGUGACGUCACAGGGUACGCACACCGCCUGGGGGGCAUGGGUACACCCGCUGAAAAGAAAAAAUCAGUCAAUAAAAAGAUUCACUCGCGAAACGCACAUAACAAGGGGAAGCAACGCCGCGUGCAAGUUAGACGCGCGCGUAGCAAGGCAUGUGUGCGCGUAUUCACAAAGAUAUUUACUCGCGAACAGCGCACAACAACCACCGGUCGCGCAGCGCACAAAACCCGGGACGCGCACACCCGGUGACGACAUCAUGCCGCGCAAAGAAAAAGAGCACACAAAGAGGACCGUGCGUAACAUACUAUAUGCAGGCGCGCCGACAACCCAAAGAAGCGCGGGAACGCGAAGAGCCGAGCCACCCACGCGGGAGCUAACAGGCGGCAUUCACAGAACACCACCUGGUGGGGGGCAAUUGUUGGGGAUGUGGCUCGGGCCCAGUCGCGCGAGCAAGACAGCCGAAUGGAGGCAAGAGGAUGACCGCCAAUGUCAGAUGUAUCGAGCGGCGUCGUUUUACCUCACAGUCCGAUCCCGCCCAGGCCGACGUCGUUUUGCACUGCCCAAAACCACCGCCGUUUUAAGCCUCACUCAAGCCGGCGUCGUUUUGUCCUACCUAAGACAAGGGAGGAAGAUCGUAAGCAUGGCGCCGCAGUCUACGAAGGAAAGGUCAUGUCGUGUGUCAGGUCCUAGGAAUGAUUAUGGCCUAAAAGCAUGGCCUAAGCCUCCUGACACACGUUGUAGUCUUAUCGCAUUAAAUACCCACUACUGUAAUGUACUAUAAAAGGGGCAUUUACUACGGUAGGUAAGGAGAUCGGUUUUUGGAUUCUCUCACUAAUAAACACAGCUUUCUCUCUCUAGCCAAUUUCCUCUGUAAUCUCUACCUCUCCGUCUAGAGUUCUCACCAAAAACGAACCGACGUUACGCUUCGCUUACCCUACUCCCCCCUUUUCUCACGAGUCUCACUCCUACACUCAGUUAGGCUCAAACAGUAAUCAUCGACGUAAAGACCAUAUAAACCACAUAUAUACUGAACUGUCUUGUUUAAUCGAAUGAGCUAGCUAGAAACUCCAUGCAUGCAGUGGCGGAGCCACUUGGAGAGGAGGGGGUGCUUUGCACCCCCCUUGGGGUUGGAGAAUUUUUUUUCGAGUAGGGGUAUAUACAAAUUCGAACCAAUGACCAUUCAGUUGCAGGAAGAAUUUCUUAUCAUUUCGAUCGAGUGAGUUUUGUUAUGUAAUGCACUUUCGUCUUUAUUUAUAGUAAUAAAUUGUUGUCUUUUGUUUAAACUCGCUCUUUUUUUUAGCUCUACAACAGAGAAAUUUCUUGUCUUUUGUUUAAACAAAGUUGAAAGUGAAGAAGUACCAAUUGAAGUUCAUUUGUUUGUUUCACAAAAUCAAUUCCAAGGUACUUCUGAGUUCUAAUUUGUAAUAUUUGAUGAAUGGAAGUCUUGAUUUGUAUGUAUCGAACUUAUUUGUUUGACGUUGUAACCGGUGUUCGUGAAACUAUUUUAAUGUAAUUGUGUGAAUUUAGAGUAUUGCGUUGUUGACUUUUUGUUUAAUUUAAAGUUGACUUUUCUAUUGUAUAGGUGAUUUUUUAUGAUAUGAUAAAGACGCCCCCUUGACCAAUUUCCUGGCUCCGCCACUGCAUGCAUGGCCGUUCUUUCUAUACUCUUGUUCUACACAAUCAGCUUUGCCGAUCGAUAAACCAAUCACAUGAAAGCACUGUUUACCAAUUGGGGAUGGGGAUUAGUACUUAACAUAAUUAGUUUAAACAUUUAACUAAUCAAAUCACAUUCAUCAAUGGGAGAAGGGAAAAGUCAACCGACCCCUUUGAGCCACGUGUUGGUCCGACAAUAGAUCAUGGCCAAUGGUUUUGUCUGGAACAGAGGACAACUGUCGUGGCCUCAGUAUUUGUUUGUUUGUAGAUUGUUUUGUUGCUCUUGUUUGUGACGGUGUGUGCAUGUACACUAGUAUAUUAUAGGCCCCAUUUUCUUGGUAACAAGAGCACGUGAGAAUCAGGUGCCUGCCUUUUCGCUUCAGCUGCCAUUGUUGAAAGAGAAGAGAUCCUAGUUAAUUAGCCACUAAUAAGUGAUUGGUUAGUGGUUAAUAUUUAUUAAGUUCGAGUUUCUGGUUAUCCAUUAAUAAAGCUGAUAUACUGAUCACUAGCUAAGUUCGAGUUUCAGUUGUGUCCAUUGUAACUUUACAUUCACGGUGAUAAACUCUAUCAAACCAUUGCACAUCCCUAGCUUAGAGGAAAAGAAACACCAAGAAAAUUAAAUUCCAUAUGAUAUGAUCUAUGUAUAUCGUGAUUAUAACUAAUUAAGAUGCCUCAACUUUCGGUUGAGUGCUUGACAACUUACCAAGAAGGAUUGGGCAGGUGAACAGUGAAUCAUACCAGCCAGAUUUGUUAUAUCAUGUUUGAUUUCUUUUGGCCUAUAUCAUAUGCCCAUUCUCCUCUUUCUGUUGGCUACUUUCGAUCCUUUUUUUCACACACAGACACACCUUAAUUAUUGUCCCCUACAGCUCUCCACCACAAAUAAAUCAAUUCAUUUGUUCGAGUAAUUUGUCUGGUCGGGCCCCAAUAACCCAGCCAUGCCCUGCAAAUCAGAUCAUGAAGACCCUCCAUCUACAUGUGUUAAUCUGUACCUAGCUUAAGUAUGUAAUUAAUUAAGUACAUUGUUCUUGUUACAUUAUCCAGCUGAACUAGUGUAAUGUUCCUAUAUACCCUGCAGGGUCUCACUUGCUUCACGCCAAUGAAAUUUUGUGGCUAAU